CACUAUUUUUCUGUGCAAAUGGAGGCCGAGCGAGCACGCCAGAACAGCCCAACUGAGAUCACAAUUGACGGCCCCGAGCCGGAUCCUUCUCCUGCCACCAAUCUAACAAAUGGAAACAGACAGCCCCAGGAUCCUCAGCCUCCUGCACAACCGGAACCAGAAGAGAUCAAGAGCUACGAGCUCAUGCUGGACCUGAGCAAGUACAUCCUACUGCUGGCAACGCUGGUGGCCACGGUGACAUAUGCAGCGGGGUUCAACCCGCCUGGGGGCGUCUGGCAGGAGACUGUCACCUCCUCGGACCAACUCGCCGGCGACUCCAUUAUCCGGACCACCAGCUACUGCCAGUACCUGGUGUUCUUCUACUGCAACGCCACCGCAUUUGCCUCGUCGCUCAUGGUCAUCGUUGCCAUCCUCUUCCUCGCCAUCGUGGAAGAGAAGAAGAAGCACCGCGUCCCCCUCCUGCCACUUUGGGCGGUCAUGGUGGUGGACCUGUUGAGCGUCAUGGGGGCCUACGCUGCCGGGACCUGCCGCGACAAGCCCACCACCAUCUUCUCCUUGGUGCUGGUGGGUGCCGCCAUCGCCUACCUCGCUAUUCAGAUGAUGCUGACCGACCCUGUGCAGGAGAAACGGCUUCGCAAGGUCCUGAUGCUGCUGGCCUCGUUGCCACGCAACAACAGCUGCACCGACCCUGUGCAGGAGAAACGGCUUCGCAAGGUCCUGAUGCUGCUUGCGACAUUUGCGGUGAGCGUGACGUACGUUGCCGGGAUAAGCACACCAGGCGGCUUCUGGGAUAACACCGAGAACGGUCACCGCCCUGGCGAUGCAAUCCUCAAGGACAGCCAUGGCAAGCGCCUGACAGUGUUCUUGUGCUUCAACACCCUAACGUUCGUCGCAUCGCUGCUCAUCAUCGUGGUGCUUCUGGACAAAAAGCCUCCCAUGACUAAGGCAUACGGGUUUAUCGCUGUGGCGCUGAUCAGCCUCAUCGUGUCAUACACGGCCGGCAGCUGCAGGGAGACCGACACCAACUUCUAUGUGGGCAGCCUGGUUAUUGCCGUCCUGGCAUUCAUGGCAUUGUUUCAAGUUGCAUUUGUUCAAGAUACCAUAAAAGCUGCAAGGGAUACCAGGUUCUUGACCAAAAUCAGAACCUUCUAUCAUUCGGUGUGGAGCUUGCCAGAAGCAAUAACAAUAGCUCCAGGUCCGAAGACUAAUGACAACAGGGUCGCAGCGGAGAAAUCUCGCUCCCUUGUACUGUUGCUAGCCACUCUUGCUGCAACCAUCACUUAUCAAGCGGGGCUGGAUCCUCCUGGUGGCGUCUGGCCGGAUAAUGGGAACGGCCACAUGGCUGGUGACCCAGUCCUCCUCACGGUGAAUGCUAAGCGGUACAAGGCCUUCUUCUACUGCAACUCAGUCGCCUUUGUAGCCUCCUUGGUGGCCAUCAUCCUGGUUCAAAGCAAGGUUAUGCUCCAGACCUAUGUGCUCGAGGCAGCCAUGGUACUGGACUUGUUUGGCCUCAUCGGAGCAUACGCCGUGGAAAGCUCUCGGGACUUGACCACUUCCAUUUACGCCACGGCCUUGGCAGGCGCCGUCCUGGUCUAUGUAGUGAUCCAUGUUGUCUUCUUCACACUGAACCACGCCAACCCCACCUCAGAGGAAAUUAAGUCCGUGGAGAAGAGGCGCAAGCGCUUGCUCCUUUUCGCAGUCCUGGGCGCGACCAUCACUUACCAAGACGGGUUGACCCCUCCCGGCGGUUUCCGGCUCCAAGAUGAUAGCGGGCACCACGCGGGGGAUCCGGUCCUCCUAUACAAUUUUCCCCGCCGUUACACGGCCUUCUUCUACUGCAAUACGGUGAGCUUCAUGCUGUCCAUCGCCCUCAUCAUACUGCUCGUGAACCCGCAUCUGUACAGACCAGCGAUACGAAGCUAUGCGCUUGCUGUUUGCACAGUGGCGGGCAUGUUUGGUCUGAUGGGAGCAUACGCUGCCGGAAGCACGCAGCAUCUGAAAACAUCCAUCUACAUUUUCGUCUUGGUGGUUGUGGUCCUGGUCGUUAUAGCUUUACUGCUCCUGGUAUUCUUGUUGAAGGAAAGGAAAAACAAACCUGAAGACAAGGCCGGUGGACCGGAGCCUGUAAAGGAAAGGAAAAGGAAAGGAGAAGGAGAAGGAAAAGAAAAGCAUGUCAUGCGCAAAUACCUGAUGCUGCUAGGAAUCUUGGUGGCAAGCGUCACCUACCAGGCCGGCCUAGAUCCACCCGGUGGAGCUUGGCAGCACAGCGGGAAUGGGUACGACGCGGGCAACCCGAUCAUGCAUGACAGCCAGAGGCACCGUUUCCUCGCCUUCUUCUACAGCAACUCUACAUCCUUCGUGGCAUCCUUUGUUGUUAUCAUCAUUUUGCUAUUGCAGCGGAAGGACGAGGAGAAAUGGUCGCUCAGGGUGAUGAACACGACGAUUGUGCUGGAUUUGCUCGCUCUCCUGGGGGCCUACGCAACAGGCUCCAGCAGGGGGUGGAAGACGUCUGUGUAUGUCAUUGCACUAGUGAUCGCCGUGCUGGCAUAUGUUGCAACCCAUAUGAUGCUGGCAAUCUUAUGUUCUCAUAGUUCGCAGGAAGAGGGCAGCAGUGGGACAGCAGAGGCUUGAUUAUUAGUGUUCUCUGUUCAUACAAGACAGUAACAGUAAAGCCUGUGAUUCUCUUCUUAUAAACCUAUCAAAAUGUCAGCGUAGGCGAUCUUCCUGUAUAUCUAUUUCCCCAUUCUCCCCUGAUUUG